GCACUCGUGUUGGCGCCGCCGACGCAGGAUGCCGACGCCGCGACAGCCAGUUUUCGGGUUUGAUGAAACAUGUGCGGCCCUCCGUUCUCGCUGCUCAUGAUUGACCCAGACGCGCCCAGCAGGCAGCAACCGACGAAGCGAAGCUUGCUCCACUGGAUGGUGCUCAACGGGAACAGCGACGAUAGGUUUCAUGAAGGCGACGAGGCCAUGCCGUACAAGGGUCCGAACCCUCCCAAAGGGUCGGGAGCCCACCGCUACGUGUUGCUCGUCUACUGUCAGGACGGCCAGACGCUGAACAAGGCCGACAUGGUGCCCAGUGACAGGCCCGGCUACAACGUCUCCACAUUCGGCAUGAAACUGAAAACGAAACUGGCGGUGGCGGGCGCAUUCUUUCGCGCCGAGAACCCCUGACGUGAAACCUCUGGAGUCGCGGGACAUCUUCCAUCGCGGCAAGUCGCGCCGGCGCGCUGCCAGAGAUAUUUGAUCAACCAAACUGAACAGCAGCUGGCGUUGUGGCUAUCAACUACGGGUGGACUGUAGUGCGUUUAAAACACUGUUGACUGCAUUUGGAGUUGGAAUAAGAAAGCUCGUGUCAUCCAUU